UGCCGCUCUGCAAAUUUCUGGGCUUUGGACUCGGAUCUCAUGAGGCCCAACAUACAUCACUUUCUGGAUCCAUGAUUUGAGGUUGACCGAAAGGCCUCGAUCGCGAAUCAAACAAGGCUGGACAAGGCUGGAAAAGGCUGGAUCGGGUGACGUCAACAGUCUCCUUUUACAGUUUCCUUAAACUAGACUUCCCAGGCAUCCGGCCCGCAGAGAGCCAAAUCGAAUGUUGAAAUAAAACCCAGUUCACAGCGUCCCUGCCAUUUUGACAACCUAUAUCGCUGCCUGCAAUUGUCGGUCUUUCGACACAAUGGGCGGUCUUCAAAAUCUUCUGGAGCCUGGAGCGAUCGUCGCGGUUUUCACCACGGGUACUUUGAUCAACCGACGCAAGCAUGUCAGGUCGCCGGAAGUCCCCAGCGUGGAAUCACCGUUGCUUGCAGAUGGUCUUGAGGACGUGAAGCCAAAUGCAGACGAUGAACGUUCGCUCCGCAACCGCCGGACACCUCAGUCUCGUCUUCUAGCACAUUUUCCUUUUCUGCUGGAAAUCUUGUACUGGCUGCUUACCUACUGGAUCUAUCAAGGGCUGCGGGCGUUCUCCGCCCGAAUGAUUGCCGGCCACAAGGAGAUCUUCGACACAGCUGAGCGCCAUGCUAUUUCGAUCCUUCACCUAGAGCAUUUCCUCCACCUUGACGUCGAAUUAACGGUUCAGAGAUACAUCCUCAACGAGAUUCCGUGGCUCAUGCCCUUAUUGGCGCGUGUAUACUACUCGCACAUCGUCCUCGGCGUGGUAUUUGUGGUUUAUUGCUAUACCUUCGUCCAGCGCGACAAGUACCAGGCGCUCCGGCGCACGCUGGCAUUUGAGAAUGUCAUUGCAUUUACGAUCCUUACUCUGUGGAGGUGCAUGCCCCCGCGUCUCCUCCCCGAGGAGUACGGGUUUGUCGAUGUCCUGCACAGCAACAAGGGCGGUUCGGCUUGGACGCAGAACAAGUUUCAGCUCACGAUCGCAGCGAUGCCUUCGCUUCACUUUGGAAAUUCCAUGUUCAUUGCGCUGUGUCUGCUCAAAUUCAGCCCCCAUUGGUACCUAAGGGUGAUCGCGCCGUUGUGGCCUAUGAUGAUGGGUCUAACGAUCGUUGCGACCGCCAAUCACUUCAUUUUGGACGCUGUUGUUGGUGCAUGUGUGGUGCUCGCCGCUUUCAGGUUCAACCGCGUCAUGCUGAGUCUGCUGCCGAUAGAGAGAGCGGUGUUUAGAUUGCUUCGCCUAGAGAAGCCUUGAUUUUAUACAGGGCGACGGGAUGGUUGGGUUAGCCAUUGGACUUGAGACCUAUAUAUUAUUAGGGAUACAUCGUCUUUCCGUGAUGAUGCCAUCGAUAUGUAUGAGUAUCGCACUCACAAACAGAACUUUUAAUCACAGACCUUACCGUGUAUACUAAGAAGCUGGACUGUGCUCUCUGCAAUUGAGACCUCGGGUAGACUGUAGCUUAUUAGUCUGCAGCUAAGCAUUGCCAAGUCUUGAGUAUAUCAGAAGAAGUAACAAAGCGUCAGUAAGCAUGCGAGCGAGAGGCGUGCAUUUUGGUGUAUAGUACGGUAGUACAUGUGCGAUCGAUAUAACGUGGAUUUUGAAGCUUCGUCGACGGUCGUCGACAGGUUAUUCGCGACUACUUAGUAUGGUC